AAUUCUCCUUUUUCUAAGUCGCGGGUGAAAAAGAAAGCAGUCGACCGUUGUUUUCGAUCGCUAAGUUUUAACAACAACAGCAGCAACAACAACAACAGCAACGACAAAAACAACAACAGCAGCAGCAACAACAACAACUCGGCUGUAGGCGAGUAAGUUUGUGAAGCUUUUAAAAGUUGUACAAUUCGUGCAGAUUUGGUCGUCAUGAACCAGCAACGCUACAAGAUGAGAGACUCCGGCAAGGAACUUCUCGCUCAGCACGAGGCUCAAAUGAAAGAUCUGCGGUCGUCCCUGGCGGAGCACGUGCACACGCUGGAGCACCACGCCGACCUGCGCCUGGCCAUGCUCUCCGACUCCAUCGAGUUCCUGCGUCGUCGCGCUGACAUCGAGAACGAGUACGCCCGCUCGCUCGACCGCCUCGCCGAGCGGUUCGCAGCCCGCCUGCGCCCCGGGUCACGCGACACCCUGCUCCGCGAGGGCUGUGGGCUGCCCACGCCGCUCACAUGCUGGCAGCUGAUGCUGGAGCAGGCUCAGCGCGAGAGUGCGGACCACGUGCAGCUGGCGACGUUGUACAACUCCGCCGUGGUCCCCCGACUCACGUACAGCUACGAGGACUCGACACGCCUCCUUCGCAAGAGCAAGGAGAUCAUUCAGAAGGUGCAAGAUGAACUGUUCAAAACCCUGCAAGAACUCAACGGGAGCAUGCGCGACUACCACACCUUCCACUCGGAGAGCGUGCUGGCAGAAGCCAAGCUUCAGGAGGUGCUGAAGCGCGAGGAGAAGCAGGGAGAGAGCGGAGCGAAGCGCAACGAGAAGAACCGGGAGAAGUGGCAGGAGAAGUUCAUCCAGAGCAAGCUCGCCACUGCCAGGCAGCGGAACGAUUACCUGCUGGCGCUGGGAUCGGCGGAAACGGCACUCAAGCAGUACUACACGUUGGACCUGCACCGUCUCCUUGACCUGAACGAGGUGGGCUUCUACGAGGGCCUGAACGGCGCUCUGCGCUGCUACCUCUCGGCUGAGUUCUGUCUCACGGACUCGCGCGCGCGAGCUCUGGACGCGGUCGAGCUCGCCGUGAACGGCCUCGUCAGCCGCAGCGACCGCAAGGAGUUCCUCGCGGCCACGGGCCUCGACAAGGCCGUGCCACCCAAGCUCAUGUUCCUGGCUCACGCUGGCGACGAGGUUUCUCAAAUCACCGCUCAGGAUCGCCUGCAUCAAGACCUCGACUCACGAUUCAACAGUGUCAGGGCAAAACUCGGGAAAAAUAAACUCGAGUGUGAAGAGGUGAAGAAGACGAUGGACGCCACUCUGAAGUCUCUGAAGGAAUUCCUCAUCAACGAGGAGGACUACGACAUGGCGCGGCUGUUCCGGGUGGGCGACCAGGCGCCCAGGUUCUCGGACCUCGAUGGUGGAGACGUGGGCGAGGGCGGGGGGAGGACCCCGCAGGCUCCGGCGUCGCCCUCUCCUCUGCCGCUCAUCGCUCGGCGCAAGCAGCAGAUCGAUAUGGAGAACUUCUACGUCGACAAGCUGCAGAGUUUUAUGGAAAUGAACGGCAUCAUUACGAAGCUGGAGGCAAAGCACGGGCUGAUGAGUCGCGCGCUUGGCAAGGGUAAGGAAAAUGAAAACUCCGGAUCAAGGCCUCCGUCCAUCCCGCCAAAGCCGCAGAAGAUCCGGAGGCACCGGCCAGCUUCGCGGGUGGCCGUGAAGCUGUUUAACGGAGACCUCGAGACGUACAUCAAGGAGUCUAACAAGCCUGUGCCCAUGGUGGUCGAGAGCUGUGUACGCUACAUCAAUCUGCACGGGCUCCACCACGAGGGAAUUUUCCGCAUAUCGGGAUCGCUGACGCAGAUGACCGAAAUCAAAUCGGCGUUCGAGAGAGGUGAGGACCCGUUGGAUGACGACGAUGACGGGCGGACGAUAGACAGCGUGGCUGGCGUGCUCAAGGCCUACUUCCGGGGCUUGGAGAAGCCUCUCUUCCCCUCGCACAUGUACCAAGACUUCCUGGAUUGCAUCAAAAUCUCUGAGUAUCAUAAGAGGAUCGCUCACCUCCGGGACCUCAUCCGCAAGCUCCCUGGUCCCGUCAUCGUCGUCCUCCGCUACCUCUUCACUUUCCUCAACCACCUGUCGGGCUUCCGCGAUGAGAACAUGAUGGACAGCUACAAUCUGGCGGUGUGCUUUGGGCCAACGCUGGCACCCGUGCCACCCGAGUUCGACCAGGUGAUGUGCCAGGGCGGCUCCAUCGAGCUGGUGAAGCUCAUCCUGGUGGAGGCCCACUCGCUCUUCCCGUCACCGCGAGAGCUCCCGGGCCCCAUCUACCGGCCCGUCCUGGCGCCCGACAACGAGGACGACGACGAGAUGUGUGACUCCUCGUCGGCUGAGGGUUUACGUUGCGACGACGGGACGUCGCAAGAGGAGAUCUCCGUAGACGAUGACCCGUGCCCGUGCGUGGCGGUGGCUCGCUACGACUACGCCGCUCGCUCCGAGCGGGAGCUCGGGUUUCGCGUGGGCGACAAGCUGGAGCUGCUCCGUCGCACCUCCGUCGACUGGUGGGAGGCGCGCUCGGGCGACCGCAUCGGCGCCGUACCGCACGACUACCUGCAGCUCCCCGGCCACGUCGAGCCGUGGGAUGAUAAUAAACACAGCGCCUCUUCUUCCCCGGACUGGAAUAAAAGCAGUCCGGAGAUUCGGAAGGGCAAGUCCGGAUUCGGUAAUGCUGAGGUCCAGCCGGAGUCCAAGUCGCCGGGCGGAGGAGUCCGUUCCGUCACUUCGGGGCAGCCGGCAGUGGCCAACCCUGACGCCAAAGACAAGCGGGAUUUCCGUCCGCACGCCGGCUCCUCCGCCUCCAACGCCGCGCUCCACCGCCAGCGCUGGGUGACGCCGCGCUCCGCUCAGGUCCUCCCGCCGGCGCUCGCCGUGCCGGACGUGGUGCAGGACACCCUACCCCCGUCGCCCGCGGCGGCCGAAGGCGCCGGCCACAGCCCCGCCGCCGUAUCUCCCGGCCUCACCACGUUCCGGCCGCCGCCGCCAUCGGCCGUCAACCGCGCGGGGCGACACGGUCAGCAGAAGAAGUGAUCAGGGGGGGGCGGCGGUGUUAGUUAAGUCGUCGUCGUCGUCGUCAGGGUUAGAAUUAUGAGCGCGAUGAGCACCUUAAUAUUUGACAUUGGUAAUGUCAUAAUACUUCACGACUGUUGACAUCGUCGUCAUCAUCGUCAUCGUCGUCGGCACGCCUGGCAGAGGAAGUCGCGGAAGGUCGGUGCUAAGCCGCGUCCUCGGCGCCUGCGCAAUCGGUUGCACGCAACUUGGCUGCGCGCAACGGAAUUGUGUCUCUGUUGCCAGUUGCGAGGUUUCUCAUCGGGUUGCUCACAGUGGAGAUGGCCUUCUCCACGCACAAUCACCCACUCGUGGAGCCUUCCCACUCGGAUUUCCCGUGCCUCGGAAUCUAAGGCAACUGUGCAGAGCGUUACCAAUUCAUAACUUUAACGAUCCUGACCAGGGUCGGGUGGGAGGGAGGGGGGGGUCACCAGACAAGGGGCAGGGCUCUGCUGUGAGGGGCAUGGCCAUACUGUGUAGCCACACCUACACACACAUCCUUGUCCACUUCUGAGCAACUCAUUGCUCAGAAGUGGACAAAGCAGUCGCGGGCAAUUUAACGUUGCGAUGUUUCGAGCAGUUGCUGAUCUGAUUCGAGAAGCUGAUCGCUCCGGGUGUGAACCCCCGGCCUAUGUUACACUGGCGUUGUACUCGUCAGAAUGAUUUGCCAUCAGCAGUUUUAUUAUUGGCAUUGUGACUUUAUCAUCGUAGUUGGGUAGCUGAAGAAGUGAAGAGAGGGUGGUAAUGAUGUCACCAUUAACAUGAGCAGCUCCACCAUCGUCAUCUUCAUCGUUGGCCUGCCCAGUUGACAAUAUUAAUGGAAAGCGAGGGUGUGAUGUCGCCGACUUUGUCAUUGUCUAUAUCAUCAUCGGCAUCUUUAUUUUUGGAAGUCAUUGUUAGUAUCAUCAUCAUUAUUACUAUGAUUGUGAUGAACAUCAUCAUCAUCGUUGGCACACCUAGCAGGGGGAGAGAUAACGGAGGCUGAUGGUGGGCAUGAUGUCACCCCUGACAUCGGUGCCAUCGUCUCAGCAGCAGUAGCAGCAGCAUCCUCAACAUCGGCAUCACGGGCAGAAAUGUCAUUGUUGGCCCACGCCGAGUGGAUGGUCGUGAUGAAGGAAUCAACGUCAUCAAUCGUCAGUGGCAGAAUCAGCUGAUCCGCCAUCAUGAUGAGCAGAAUCAUCAUCAACGUCAUCACCCAGCACGAUGAUGCCAUCGUCAUCGUCACCAUUGUCGGCAGGAUCGUUAUCACCGUCAUCACCUUCACUGUCAUUGUUAGCGUGGUUUCUACAAAACUAAAAUCGCCAUGGAUGAUACCACCAUCAGGGGCAUCGUAAUUCACUUAAGAAUUGUUAUGCUUAAACUGAAGACGCACGCAUCUGAUCGCGUGCAUGUGAGUAAAGUAGUGCCUCUAAUGCAGACACGAGAGGCGCUAUAACUCCACUGUUUAAAAGAGAAGUCGGCACAUUGAACGAAUCGUGACUUGAAUCAAACAAUCGGAUCAUAUGGGCUGGUGGCAGAGGUGGCAAACGGGUUUUGAUUCCUUACCCGUACCCGGCCGCACCAGGGUCGCAAAUGGCUACCCGUACCCGUACCCGGCCAGGUACGGGUAUCGGGUAGGGUACGGGUAUCGGGUACCCGGUUGCGACCUCUGGCGGGUGGUGGGGGCAUUCCUCUCAUCAUCAUCCACAUGGGACGUAACCCUCCUCACCAUCACCACCAUCACUGUCAUAACCACUCGCCAUCAACAACAGCUGACAUUUGCCACCAAGUGUCAGUGAUGUCGACACGGUGGUUGUGCCGGGCUAGGUACACGUCGAGUCCGUUACGUGAAGCGAACGCGAAUGUCAUUACCAAAAUGGCGAGAGCACUGCAUGCGAAUGCAUUGCCUUGAGGGGUGUAUUUUCUUAACUUCAUCACGACUCAAACUCACUAAAAAACCACGGCGAUUUUCAAUGUCCUCGGAAGAUUGACAGAUUUCCCAGGACAAACAGCUACCUCCUGCACAAGAUGACGAUCCUGAGAAAAACCAGGGCAGAGGGCGACCUGAUAGAUUCCACUCACCACCACCAUCAUCGUCCCCACCACCAUCAUCAUCACCACCACCAUCAUCAUCACCAUCAUCAUCACCAUCAUCACCACCAUCACCAUCAUCACCACCACCACCAUCAUCGUCACCACCACCACCAUCAUCACCACUACCAUCACCACCACCAUCAUCAUCAUCACCACCAUCGCCAUCAUCACCACCACCACCACCAUCAUCACCACCACCACCAUCAUCACCACCACCACCACCAUCACCACCAUCAUCACCAUCACCACCAUCAUCACCACCACCACCAUCAUCACCACCACCACCACCAUCACCACCAUCAUCAUCAUCAUCACCACCAUCACCACCACCGCACAUUCCAUGAACGCCCUGUGGAAGGGCCGCCAUCUGUUAAUAAAAACGUUUUGUAUCCACUGCUGGUGGAAUGCUGUCAGGGUGUCUGCGCCCAUAACAAAAAUAUGUACAUGUAAUAUUUUGUUACCGCUUAAUGUUAAUUAUGAAGCGCCGAUAUAAAAAAAGAUACUUGGGGAUAAUUUAUAUCCGGAAUAUUUUCUUGACUUCCGCUUAUCAAUAUAAAGUGUGUCAAGGUUUUCGUUGCUGCUGUUGCUAUUCCGCGUUCGUGAACUGCACUGUGCGCAUCUCGAAAUGUAAACGCAAUUCACGGAUAUUUGUCAUUGGGCCUAUUGGAAGGACGCGUUGACACUGUGACGAGUAGAGGGCUCUGUGGCUGUAUUCGUACGGCAUAGCACAGUGGUCACUGCACUGCACUAGGAAACCAGCAGCCCCGAGUUCAAUUCCUGCCUGCGACUGAUAUCAGUGGUGAGAUGCCGGGCGCCUCGCCCUUCACUCACCCGCACUGACUAGCGUGGUGAAGUAUGGUCAAGCAAGCCCCAUGACCAAUGCGGUGCUGGGAAGGACGUUAUCCAGUAGCGGAUAGCUCAGGCUGCUGCUGCUGCUGCUGAUGAUGAUGUGGCAUCGUGUUCGAGGAUACAGAACAGGUUGUAUAACAGUUACAAAGUUUGAUACAGAGCUUCAGGUACCAUUAUUUUAUUACUGACAUUUGUAUAUUUGGCAAGGACCAACGUCUGCUUAACGUGGACUCUUUUGGUUGUGACUGACCCGUUUUAAUAUCGUACUUGAUUUUUCAGGGAUAAUCAAAAUGCAAAGUGUGAUAUUUAAAUAAACACAACCGUCAGAAACGAGGGUCCACGGGGUCGGUG